UUGCUCGCAACUUUCUGAGCGAAUUUCCAAACGGCCGGGGCUGCCGCCCCGUCGUGAACCGCCUCAUCCGUGAGGCGAGAGACGUCCGCCUCUCGUCGUGGGGCAACGCCGCCACGACCCACGCAGCCCAGCAGUGGAGAGAGCCUGCCCCGGCCGUUAAGUUAAAAUUAUCGACGAUUUAGGGGGACAAAUUAAAGAAAUAAAGAGGUUUUCACCGGGGUUUGAGCAUAGAGGGCGCAAUGGCGAGCGACGUUCGAUACCGCAGCGCCGUCAGCAAGUCCAAGGACCCCUCAGGCCUCCUCAUCUCUGUCAUUCGGACCCUCUCGACCAGCGAUGAUGUUCACGACCGGGAGGCAGAGAAGCAGCGGCUGGAAGAGGCAUACGACCGCUGUGACCACGAGCUGGACGACAAGAUUGUGCAGCACUACACGGAGCUCACCACUGCCAUCCGCACCUACAACUCCAUCACCGAGCGCAUCGCCGCCUCGCGCUCGCGCAUCCGGCAGGUGCGAGAGAACCUGCUGUCGUGCAAGACGCUGCUGCAGUGCAAGCGGCAUGAGCUGCGCAAGCUGUGGGUGGAGGGCGUGGAGCACAAGCAUGUGCUCGCCCUCCUCGACGAGAUAGAGGACAUCCGCCAGGUCCCGCAGCGGCUCGACCGUGCCAUGGGCAGCAAGCACUACCUGCGCGCCACCGACAUGCUGGUGUCGGCCGUGGAGGCGCUGGACGGGCACCUGCGCCAGGUGGAGGGGCUGAGCGAACUGCGGCUGGAGCUGCACGCCAAGAAGAUGACGCUACACAUAAUGCUUAUCGACGAGCUCCACCGCCACCUCUACAUCCGCUCCACGGGCCAUGCCGCACACCACGCGCCACCGUCGCACCUCCCCGGGUCUCUGGGCAAGGAGACCGGGACGCCCCACCAGCACACAGAUGUCACAAGCCCCCCCGCGCCGAGGAAGGCCCCAGACUCUGCCUCUUCGCACGGCAAGGAGGUGGGCGUGGAGAUGGUGACGGAAAACCCAGAGGAGCGUGACCCCGAGGAGGACAGCGCCCGCUUCAUGGCGGUGUUGGUGGCGGCCCUGGCCAAGCUCGGAAAAAUCCCCGACGCCAUCAAGGCCAUAAAGGAGCGCUUUGAGCGCGAGCUGCAGGCCAUCGUGCGCCGCUCCACCACGCAGGUGGCCGACUCGGCCUACCAGCGCGGAGAGAGCGCCGCCCCGCGCGACGCACAGCCCGGGCUGCUGUUGGAGCUGAUGGAGCUGCUGUUUGACAAAUUCCGCUGCGUGGCCGAUGCACACAGUGUGGUGCUCGCGCAUCUCAAGCAGGCGGUAGGGCCGGGCGGGGCCGGGCGUGCCGGCGACGUGAAGCUCUACGACAUGGCCGACGUCUGGGCCAAAAUCCAGGCCGUGCUGCAGAUGUUGCUCACGGAUUACCUGGAUGUGAAGAACACUCGAGCUGCCGGAGCAGAGCCCUCGGCCCAGCUCCCCUACCCCAGUUCUGGUGGAGACUUCUCCUCGUUCUUCGUGAAGAAGAAGCAGCAACGACAGCGGCCAUCGCUGUUCAAGUUCGAGUCGUCGUCCCACGCCAUCAGCAUGAGCACCUACCUGCGCGAGCAGCGGCAGGCGCUGUACAUCAAGAGCGGCGCCCUGCAGGGUGGAGCGGAUGACAACCUGAUCGAAGGCGGAGGGGUGCAGUUUGUGUGCAAGCCAGGCGCACGGAACAUCACCGUCAUCUUCCACCCACUCAUGAGGUUCAUCAAGGAGACGGAGCAGGCGAUGGGCUACGGGCCUGGCAAGCAGUGCACCCUGCGCGAGUUCCUCACGCAGUACGUCAAGAACAUCUUCCUCAACCAGGUGCACCUGGAGAUCAACAAGGAGAUUGAGGCCGUCACCAAGGUGGCCGAUCCCCUCAAGAUGCUGGCCAACGCCGACACCAUGAAGGCCCUCGCCGUGCAGAGGCCUUUGCUGCAGGGUGCCGUGGUUGUGGAGAAGUCAGUCCAGGACCUCAUGAACCUGGUGCAUGACCUCAGCGCCUACUCGGACCAGUUCCUGCACAUGAUCUGCAUCAAGCUGCAGGAGUACCGCGCCAUGUGUCACGCGGCAUACAGGAACAUCGUGGCGGUUCACUCGGAGGACCGGCUCGUGAUCAGUGCCUCCUGGGCCAAGGACGAUGACAUCACGCGGCUGCUCAAGUCUCUGCCCAACUGGACCAACCUGGCGCAGGCCAAGCAGCCCCGCGCUCGCGGGCAGCAGGGCGACACCAACGAGGAGGAGUACACGCGCGCCAUCAACGCGAAGGAGUCGGACGUGCUGACGGGGAACCUGGGGGAGCAGCUCAUCCCGGAGCAGGCCAUCCUGCGCGACCCCGGCGACCUCAAGGCCCUCGCCAACCUCCACGAGAGCCUCGAGUGGCUCGCCAGCCGCCUCAACGGCUUCCUGGCCGACAUCCCCGCGGCCCCCGUCCAGGAUACGAUGUCUCCCGCUGGCUCGGAGUCGAGCCCCGACAAGGACCUCCUGUCGGUGCCCGAGCAGAUCCUGAACACGCUGUGGGGGCUGACGCGCGAGUUCCAGGACAUGGCCGAUCGCUGUCUGCUCGUGCUGCACCUGGAGGUCAGGGUGCACUGCUUCUAUUACCUGAUCCCCCUGGCGAAGCAGGGCAACUACGCGAUUGUGGCGAACGUGGAGAGCAUGGACUAUGACCCGCUGGUGGUGCGGCUCAACAAGGACAUCUGUGCCGUCGAGGAAAUGAUGAACGCCAGCCUGCAGCUCCACAAGUUCCAGUACAUCUUUGAGGGCUUGGGUCACCUCAUCUCCUCCAUCCUGAUCAACGGCGCCCAGCACUUCAAGCGCAUCAGCGAGUCUGGCAUCAAGAAGAUGUGCCGCAACAUCUUCGUGCUCCAGCAGAACCUGACCAACAUCACCAUGUCGAGGGAAGCCGACCUCGACUUUGCGCGGCAGUACUACGAGAUGAUGUACACCACUCCGGACGAGCUGCUCAGCGUGCUGGUGGACCAGGGCGUCCGCUACUCGGAGCUCGACUACAUCAACGCGCUGGCGCUGCUGCAGCGCAGCCAGGCGGGCGUGGGCGACCAGACGGUGCAGAACGGGCGCAUGCAGCGCCUUAAGGAGAUCAUCCGCGAGCAGAACGCCAUCAAGCAGGCGGCCAAGGACAAGAAGAUCACCACCGUCUAGGGGCCGCCGGCGUGAGUGACCGUGUCGGCUCGGCCGAGACCAAGGCGUUGUGCCGCGCCGGUAUCGGGGGUUGCAGCCGUACGUAGUCCCGUGUUUGUCUGGUUAGGGUUAAGGCUGCAGCCCUUGUACAUCAGGGCAGACUCUCGACGGACGGAUUGGCGGAGCGGUGGCGCAGAGAUCACCGCACUGCGCUACGAAUCCCCGUGAUCCGAGUUGAUUCCGGACCACGGCUAACAUCAGUGGCGAGUGAUAUCCGAACCGGUUCUGGACCCCCUUCUUCACCAACCUGUUCCAAGCCGGUGUAGCCGCGUGUUGGGCAAGACAAGGUGUUGGGAUCGUCCGAGCCGGUGUAGGUUCACGCCGGGCUGGUUCACGGUGAGGUUCUAGUUCAUCGUUACGGAGCUACAGAUUCCUCUGGCUCGGCGUCUCUCGUGGGAACUCGGUUUACGUUCGGUCGCGGCUAACGCUGAAGCCACGGCCCUGACCCCGUCUCCCCCCUCGUGUUUGUGCGGAGAGGACCACCCGCUUUCUCCAUCGUUAAUGUGGUGGCCGUGUCAAAUAAGGACCCCCGACUUACCCUCGUCGCGUCUCUCAAUAUAUCCGAGUUUGGAGCGCGCGCGACUACCCCCCCCCUGCUGUCCCUGCUGUCCCCGCUGAAGCUGCUGCUCACCCCCCUCGUCUCGCCGCCGGGUCGCGGCACGACGCUUCGAGUCCACGCCGGGCCUCUCAAUUAUGUAAAUGGCCGGAGAGAAAAAACUCAACGUGUUUGCUCUUUUAUUUCGUGCUAAAAAAUAGUCGACCGUGACUCCAUCUGGCGUCUCUUUUGACAGUUCCCGCUUUCUCCCUGCCUCCUGCCACCGUUGCCGUGAGAGUUGGGAGGGGGGGGGGAGCCCCCCCCCCCCACCGCCACCAUCGCAUGCCCCCCCACCCUAAACCUAAAACCCACGAUCGCCCCCGAUCGCGGGAGGCAGUCGGGCACUGCCGUGCGGCCAGAGGGCAAAAGCAAUCAAAAAAUCACAGCAGCGGUUGAUUAGUUUAAUUAAGCGAACAUUACACAGUAAUUUCAACGUGAAAUCAAGCCGCAUUAGAAUUUACUCAAAGCCAGCAUCAUUCCAAUCAAGAAAUGCUAAUUCAGCAGAGGCGCGUCGCGCUGAAUAAAUUACGUCGCGGCCUCUCUGCGCUGCCCUGCGGUUUGACCGUCGCUGCAGGCGUCGCUGGGUUCGACACGGGUAUGGGGGGUCACGGGGAGUCCCGGAGUAGGAUCACGUGGUGUGGUUGAUGAGACUCGGGCAGUCACAGCAGAGGAACAGCCGGGCCACAGGCGUCCCUUGCCACUGGGUGGAUUUAUGGACCCCCCCCCCUCUCUUGGAAGGGGGGUUGGGGGGGGUCACGGUACUACCCACGGUUAUUACGGGGGGGGGGAGGGGUCCCUUGUGAAAUCAAUGGGAACCGUCACCGUACCCCCAACAUGGGGGUCCGUGUGUGGUGGCGUGCAUUCAUAUAGACUCCGCCUUUGGCAUGUGUAACUUGCGCAACGUUGUUUAGUGCUGCUGUAGGAAUCGUCGUGUGGGACACUUUUUUUUCCAGGGGAGUACUUAACUCCGCGACUGGGGUACCAAUCAAUCCGCAAUCAGUGCUACUCCGCGAUGUCAAAACGCCACACAGCAUAAAAAAUCCGUUAUCGAAAGAUUCAACUUUGAAUAGUGCAUCGUGUACAGCUCGUCGAGAUGAGUCGAUUGCUGCAUCGCCGACCAUCAACAGACUAAAAAUUACUGCAUCACGGACAUUAUGUGAGAG